AUGGAUUCUUGUUCUAGUCAUGAUGCUCAACAAAUCGUGAAACAAGUCACUUUAGGAGGUGUGCUUGGUUUGGUGGAAACGGAGGCUGAUACACUCAAAAAGCUUCAUGAAUGUUUGAAGCCGCUACGUGAGAACCAAAUCCAAGUCGACAGUUUUACUGUCUCCGGCGUGGUAAACCUCUUUUACUUACCAAACCAAUUCGUUAAACAUGUCCGAGUCCUCACCACGAUCCCUUUCAAAGACGUACGAGAUAGCGUGUUGGCCAAGGCAAACUCCUUAGGGCUUUGUCCUCAAAACCACGAGAUGAUUACUCUCCGUCACGUGGCAGAAGUUUCCCGGUGGAUGAAAACGGAGUCCGGUAUUAAAGACGUUGUGGAGGUGCAGCGUAGGGAGAAGCUGAAGAGGCGAGCCACCAAGAGAGGCAGGACUCUUGUCGAAGCGUCUAUGAUCCGAGCCAUGAACGCUCAGUUCGCUGAAUACAGCGAGAAGAUGAAGGAAGUUAUGAGUAGAAGAUCUUUGGAGCCGUUUAGGGUUACGGAAGAAGAUGAGACCUUGGCUAUCAAAGACAAGUACUGGCCAGCUUCUAGGUUUCAUUUAUCUAACAUUGGUAAUGAACAGUCAGUUCUUGACUUCUGUCGGAAAGAGGGAGUGAAGAGUAAACUUAUUGAGUACGUUAAGGGACUUCUUGGAGGUGAGACGGAGAUUCUUCACCCUCGACAUGACGUCGGAGUUCUUCGUGUUGUUCUUGCGGGAAUCGUUGAUAGUGAAAAUAUUAACUUGGAUGGUCAAAGUUGUGCGAAUAAGAAGCGCAAAACUGAAACGGCUCUUGGCCACGUUGGGGAAGAUGAAGUUAGUCAGAUUUGA